AUGGAAUGGAAAUUGGGCGGCAAAUUGAAAUUUUGCAGCAGGAGCAACAUAGCGCCUGACGUUUGCGUCCCACCCCCUCUUUUGAUGAGCCUUCCCUCCACCGCCCUUGUUUCUGUGGGAGAGACGAGAGAGAGAAAGAGAGCCAGCCAGGCGGCCAGGGGUAGGAAGCUUCUUGGCGUUUGCUUGCUUACCUUCCUUUCUCUUUUCUCCCUCCCACCUAGGGUUUCUCUGAUCCAGGGCGUUGGUUAUCCCUCCUUGAUUCGGAGUUUCCCCUUCCCUAUAUUGUUAUUUGUGCGGUUAGGGUUUCACAGUUUUCGGGUUUCUGUGGAGAAGCGAUUUAUCAUUUUGUUUACUUGCUUCUUGUGGUUUUGGAAUUUUUCUUUCUGCUCUCGCCUUUCGGGUUCUUGUGCUUUGUUUGUCCGCCUAAGGCGUGCUAUGGAUGGAAGCAGAAACGUGAGCCGCAAAGACUACGAGCGUGAUAGGUUCCGCCACCGCGAAAGCAGCCAUAGCCGCCGUCACGAGAAAUCGUUGGGUAGAGGGCAGAACGGUCGUGAUCGGGUGUCGCGAGAGGUGGAGAACGGUAAUCUCGGCCAUAAGGAGCAGAAUCAUGUCUCCUCACAGAACCGUUCCGUGUCUCUGUCUUCGUCGUCAUCUCGGAGCAGUAAGGGUUCGGACAGAAAGGCUGAUCGGGAGCCUGGAGAGCUCUCGAGUGGGAGUGAGGGUAGUGGGUCCGUCCGUGAGGUUGAGAUGGCAGAUGCGAGGGCUUCCUUGUCACCGAAACACUCACCGGUACAACUGAAGAAGAGGAAGUAUUCUCCAAUUAUUUGGGAUGUGGACGAGAAAGUUCCUACUAAGUCUUAUGUAGACGAGUUGGCAAGCGCCCGUCUAGUGGAGAAUGGUUCGGCGGACAAAUACGGGCAUGUUGUGCCCGAAAAAUCAUCGCCUUCACGGAACGAUGAAGAUGAGGAUGACGAUUAUGCGCCAAUGAGAGUUCUGUCAGCAUCAAGAUGGGCGAAUGACAAUGGGUUUGAUGGUGAGGACGUGUAUGAUGAAGAGCGGGCGGUGAAAAGGAAAAAGAGCGAAGAAAUAGCUGAUAAAGAGGGGGACACGAGCCCCGAACUUGGUGAGCUUAGGGAAGAUGACACGGGCAGUGACAGAGUGAGGUCAGCAUCUGGUUCUGACGGGGAGGGAAAUGCUAAUGUGUACAUCAGUAGUCACGAAAAGGAAACAGAAGAUGAUGAGGACCGAAGCAAGAAAGUGUCUGAUGUAAGUGAUCGGAUGGAGAUUGAUGGGGAGAAAAGAAUAGUCGAAGGAAAGAUUGAUGACCAGGGUUCUGGAUCAGGGUCUAAUACUGAUGAAGAAGUUGACGUCGAUGAUAACAGUGGGAAAGGUGAUAAAAAGGAUGCGCUUGUCGCUGCUUUGGAGACUUCAUUGCCUAAGAAGAUCAAUAUGUUGCAGGGCUGUAGGAGUGUAGAUGAGUUUGAGAGAUUAAAUAGGAUAGAUGAGGGCACAUAUGGUGUGGUCUACAGAGCCAAAAACAAGAAGACUGGCGAGAUUGUGGCUUUGAAGAAGGUUAAGAUGGAGAAGGAAAGAGAAGGAUUUCCGCUCACUUCUUUAAGGGAGAUAAAUAUCCUUUUGUCGUUUCACCAUCCUUCCAUAGUUGAUGUGAAAGAAGUUGUCGUUGGGAGCAACCUUGAUAGCAUUUUUAUGGUAAUGGAGUACAUGGACCAUGAUCUUAAGGGGUUGAUGGAAUCACUGAAGCAACCUUUCAGUCAGAGUGAAGUCAAGUGCCUUAUGCUUCAGCUUUUGGAGGGUAUUAAGUAUCUUCAUGAUAAUUGGGUGCUCCACAGGGAUUUGAAGACGUCAAAUCUUCUGCUGAAUAAUCGUGGGGAGCUGAAAAUUUGUGAUUUUGGUUUGGCUCGCCAGUAUGGAAGUCCUCUGAGACCUUACACACAGUUGGUGGUCACAUUGUGGUAUCGGGCCCCAGAACUUCUGCUGGGAUCGAAAUUGUACUCAACAGCUAUAGAUAUGUGGUCUUUGGGAUGCAUAAUGGCUGAACUUUUGGCCAAGGAACCAUUGUUCUGUGGGAAAAAUGAAAUAGACCAGCUAGACAAAAUAUUCAGGAUACUGGGCACCCCAAAUGAAAAGAUAUGGCCAGGUUAUAUUAAAUUGCCGGGCGUGAAGUGCAACUAUGUGAAACAACCGUACAACAGGCUCCGUGAGAAGUUCCCAAAGUUCACAGCCGCUUCUUUCUCUGGAAAGCCGGCACUCUCAGAUGCUGGAUUUGACCUACUGAACAGGCUUCUUACUUACGAUCCUGAAAAGCGGAUAACAGCAGAGGAAGCUCUUAAUCAUGACUGGUUCCGUGAAUUUCCUCCUCCCAAGUCCAAAGAAUUUAUGCCAACCUUUCCUGCUCAACAUGCUCAGGAUAGGCGUUUGCGAAGAGUUAUGAAGAGUCCAGAUCCAUUAGAAGAGUUGCGCAAGAAAGAGCUACAUCAAGGAGAUCAGCUUUUAGGCACGGUAAGUUUGUUUGGCUAGGUGGUACCUCAGUUAAAACUUGGAAGAAUCAACUUCCAUCUGUACUUAUAAGCGGCAGCAACUGCAUCCCAGUGAAUUAUUGAGGUGAGAAAAUGCAAAUUAGUACUGUCUUGCCCUCAUCAAGUUUCCUAGUCAACCAGGACAGGGGGGGGGAGUUAAAAAGAGAAUAAAAGGAGGUACCUGCAUAGCAUGUGAAGUUGCAAGGCGUUGCCGGAUGGUAAAUUGUUCUUUGCAAAUGUUGAAGGUGAACAUCAUGUCUAGACAAGAUAUUUUGUUUUUCUUCCUCCUACUGUAUCGUGUUGCAGGAAUUUUGUGGUCGUCAGCCCCAGAGGUCAUUAAAAAUGCAUGCUACUGCUUGCAUGAUAAGGUGUGGCGAGUGGCCUUUGUAACAUAUUUUCUGACUCAUUUGUAACGUAGUUCCUGAAAACUUGUAUAAUGAUUAAUGGGUAUAACCAGUGUAUCUUUAA